GGAUGGCAGAAUCGCUAGCAAAACGAAGAGAGAGAGAAGUGUAACCCCACGAAGCAUUGCUAGCCGUGUGUCGCACUAAAAUGUGACUCGGGGCAGCAUCGGAAACCGUGUGUGUAGAGAGGGUGGGAGUGAGUGAGUGAGUGAGAGAGAGAAAGAGAAAGAGAGAGAGAGAGAAAUAGAUAGAUAGAUAGAUAGUGUAAGGGGGAUGAAGAUACAAAGCUAGAGAGAGAAAGAGAGAGAGCAAGAGAGAGAGAGAGAGAGAGAGAGAGAGAGAAAUCGUAUGAACGAGUGAGAAAGAUAGAAAGAGCGAAAGGGAGAGAAAGAGAAAGAGAUAGAGAUAGAGAUAGAGAGAUAUAUAUAUAUAUAUAUAGAGAGAGAGAGAGAGAAAGAGAGAGAGAGAGAGAGAGAGAGAGAGAGGAGGGUAAAAGCGAAAGAGAGAGUAAGGGUGAGAAAGAAAGUUGCUUGUGCCGGAAUUUCCAUUAGUUUAGUGAAACUAGGAAGAUAAGAGAAUAGCAGAGGAAACGGAUUUAGGCUUAGGAAAGAGGAGAAAGGUGAUUGGACGCUUGAAAGGUGCACGGAAUCGGCAGUAAGGAUUCUCGGGAAAACGCAAUCGGUCCCCGGUCUGUCGUAUUGUAACAGAAUCUUCCUGAAGAUUAACGCCUGUGGUGCCGCUGUCAACAAUACAUAUCAUUUUAUCCUAGUUUGCAGAAUAAAGUUAUUGUGUGUAGGAUAAAGUAUUACCUGGUGAAUGAUUAUAUGAAGUAACGCGAGAGGUGAAUUGCGUGAUUUCGAAGAAGUUAUAUUAAUUAUAAUAAUAAUAAUAAAGAGAUAUUUAUAUAUAUAUAAUAUAUAUAUGUAUAUAUAUAUAUGUAUGUGUGUAUAUAUAUAUAUACAUACGUUUACAUAUAUCAUAUUUCUUGGAUGAGAAAAAAAAAAGAACAUUAGGCGCUAACGGAGAAUCAGAAUAAUCGAAGAAAAGUAUUGAUAAUGUAUAAAAAACGAGCGCAUAUUAAAGUCCGAUGAGACCUCCUCUUCUCUGCGAUCGUUAUUAAUUCUAUCAUUUUUUGUGUAAUAUUGCUCGUGGACUGUGAUCCUCUUUCUAUCGUGGAAACAAAGAAGAAUUCUUCAGAUUCUUUAACUGUUAAGAAAAAAUCAGAAAAACCAGGAAAAUGAAGCUCGAUUUUAUGGACCGAGAGAAGGGGUUGGAGCUUUUCGGGAAGUUAAUAAGAACAAAAAAUAUCGACUGUUUGCAAGAAGAACAAACGAAAAAAGGUCCAGAAACAUUGAAUACAGCUGAUUCGAAACAGAAAUUACAGAAAUGUCUGACUACUCUGGACCUGACGUCUUUAGGAGUUGGUUCCUGCGUCGGGACGGGGAUGUAUCUAGUCGCAGGAAUGGUUGCACACAGUGUUGCUGGACCUGGUGUCAUUAUAUCAUUCAUUAUAGCUGCUAUUGCUUCCAUUUUUUCUGGAGCAUGUUACGCAGAAUUUGGAGUAAGAGUGCCUCACACAACUGGCAGUGCUUAUAUGUACAGUUAUGUGACAGUAGGCGAAUUGAUAGCAUUUAUUAUAGGUUGGAACAUGAUACUCGAAUAUUUGAUAGGUACGAGUGCCUGUGCUUGCGCCCUUAGCGCUUGCUUGGAUGCUCUAUCGAAUGGUGCUGUCUCUGGAGCGAUAGCUAACAGCAUUGGUACCAUAUUUGAACGACCACCAGACUUCCUAGCCUUUGUCAUAACGAUACUGAUGAUGUUACUGAUGGCAGCUGGCGUUAAGAAGUCUUUGGUGUUUAAUAAUGUACUCAAUGCAAUUAAUCUCGCAGUAUGGGUUUUCGUUAUGGCAGCUGGUAUGUUCUAUGUUGACUCGAGUAAUUGGUCUGAACACAAUGGAUUUCUUCCCUUUGGUUGGAGCGGGGUAUUCACAGGAGCAGCAACAUGUUUUUAUGCCUUUAUUGGCUUCGAUAUAAUUGCAACUACAGGGGAAGAGGCAACAAAUCCUAAACGAAGUAUUCCUCUUGCGAUAGUUUCAUCAUUGAUCAUCAUUCUCAUUGCUUAUGUUACUAGUAGUAUGGUUUUGACUCUUAUCGUCCCAUACGAAGAAGUUGAUCAAGACUCUGCAUUGGUCGAAAUGUUCGGUCAUGUUGGUGCAUACAAAUGCAAAUAUAUUGUAGCUGUUGGUGCACUCGCUGGUCUCACUGUCUCUAUGUUUGGCAGUAUGUUUCCAAUGCCUAGAAUAGUUUAUGCCAUGGCUCAAGAUGGCCUCAUUUUUCGAUCUUUAAGCCACGUAUGGCCAGCAACUGGUACUCCAGCAUUAGCUACAUUAACUUCUGGUCUUUGUGCUGCAUUCGCAGCAUUAUUAAUACAAUUAGAAGUUUUAGUAGAAAUGAUGUCGAUUGGUACCUUGUUAGCAUAUACUCUCGUCUCUACUUGUGUCUUAAUAUUACGGUAUCAACCGCAUACAACUAAUUUAGUUGAACUUCUCCCACAAAGUCUACGUACACCAUGUCGUUCUCCAACUAAAGAAACUCAAGGAAAUGGACAAGUAACUUACGGAAAAGAGCUUAGACCAGAUCAAUUGACAACUGCACUUAACACCGCUCAAGUAGCUCAACCAGAACUUUUGACUACUAAUAAUGGACAACGUAUCAUGGUACGACGUGUCAGAAGGUGUAAUAGUUCCUCCCCAGAUUCUGACGACACUUAUGGUGCAGAAGAAGACGACGUUGGUUUAGGCAAAGAUGAUCAAUAUUUAGUUAGCGAUAGAACGGAAAAUAAAUUUUACGGUAGUGUUCAUGCGGCAGCAGCCGCCUCAAGUUGCGGAAGUACACAUCAAUAUCCUGGAAAUACACCAAUUAUAGGACCGCCUUUAAAUUAUCUGCAACGUCGAUUACAGGCUGCACAAUAUCUCUGUCCUGCCAUAUUUCCAUGGGUAGAUAGAGGACCUGCCACUGAAGCAUCGGGUCAUUAUGUCAUGAAACUAGUCGGUAUCUUGUAUAUCUUAAUUUUGAUCUUCGAUAUUAUCAUUGUAUGUAGAAUGGGUGAUAUGGACACUUUUACAACGAUACUAUUGUUCAUUUUAUUUUUCGCGAUUGUUGGAAUACUUUUGGCUAUCAGUAGGAAACCGCAAAACAGAAACACUAUAAUGUUUACAACACCGGGAUUACCAUUUGUUCCGGCCAUUGCUGUAACAGUUAACAUUUAUCUCAUCUUCAAACUUAACAUCCUGACUCUAGUUAGAUUUACUGUUUGGAUGAUACUUGGUUUCGUAAUGUACUUCUAUUACGGUAUUAAACACAGCAGUUUGGAAGAAGGUAACGUUCAAGGUAACGCAGAUGAAGUUGUUAAUGAGUGUACAACGGGAAAUAUCGAGUUAAAAGUUACCGAUCAACAAAGACAGCCACAUAAUCAGCAAGCUGCAUAUACGAACGUAGAACAAAAUAUUUAUGGUGGACAGCAGCUUGAUGCAUUUGGUCAACCCGUAUUUGGUAGUACGAAUUUUGGAGGUACGCCGACGAAUUAUACAAAUCAAUCGCACAGCCAAUCACCAGCGAGCACUACACUCUUCGUUCAACAAGAAAACUUUCCAACUUGGGACGAUUAAAAAGAUUUCUGAUAGAAAAGAAAAGAUAGAAAUAGAAAGGCAGAGAAAGAGAGAGACAGAGAAAGAGAGAGAGAGAGAGAGAGAGAGAGAGAGAGAGAGAGAGAGACCGAUACACACACGAAAAGCUAUAAUACCUAUAUUAAAUAUAUAUGAUUAUUAUUAUGUUUGACAUAUAUGCACGGCAAGUCUGCCAU